UCGAUACCGAGAGUUUUAACAGAAUUGCUGUCUAAGUAAAAGUGAAUUUGAAGAAUAAAAAAGUCACAGAAAAUACAUUGAAAAUGACAUUCUGGUCCCUACCAAGUACCCAUACCAAAUCAACAAGGGGUUUUUUGGGCGUAAAAGAGCCACUUUAAAAUAAAGACAAUUACAGAAUAUCAGUCCGCCGCGCAGGUAUUAAUCAGUGAGGCAGAUAUACAAUAUUUACAUAUAAACCAAUGCAAGACGGUUAAAUAUCUUGUGUUUCAAGGCCAUAACAUCUUGGCUUAAAAACUGGACCCGAAACACAAAUAAUGCUCUCAAUCUUGGUAUAUCCGCAUCAAUGUGCGUACAAGCCGAUUAAAAAAUAAAACUGCUGGAAAACGAUCCCAACAAAACGAAAAUGGUGUCCGGGUGUCACCCAAAUGACAAAGAUGCCAAAUAUAUUGGUAUUAAAGGCAAUACUUAUUCCGAAACAAUUCAAACUUCCGUACAAAAUGAUGGUUUAAGCACCUUCAACUGUGCGAUUUACAAAGUUCAAGCUCCAAUUAACGAGCAAAUCAGAUCUCAAUUGUUUUGGAGAAUGUCAUUACUGAGCACAAUACUACUUAUUUUAAUUUCAAUUCACUUUAAAUUGGCACAUGCAGAUCAGGUCGUUCUAUUGGAUACAACUAGAGAAGCUACAUUGGAGUGGACCAGGUAUCCGUAUGGCCCUCAAGCCCAAACACCGGGGUGGGUGGAAGAGUCAUUUACCGACUUCGUUAAGGGCAUAAACUGGAGAAGCUAUGUGGUGUGCGAUGUGGCAUAUCACAACGUCAAUAACUGGUUGUGGUCGCCGUUUAUUGAUCGUGGAUCAGCAAACCGACUUUAUAUUGAAAUUCAGUUCACAAUACGUGAUUGUUCUUUAUUCCCAGGAAACGCUUUGUCAUGCAAGGAAACAUUUAGCUUACUUUUUUACGAGUUUGAUGCUGCUACUCGAGAACCUCCUCCAUGGCAAACAGACAGUUACAGGCUGAUUGCUCGCAUCGCGGCUGGUGAGGGGCGCUUCAAUCAGAACUCCGAUGUAGAUAUUAACACUGAGGUGAAGAGCAUAGCCGUGAACAAAAAAGGCGUAUAUUUUGCUUUCAGAGAUCAGGGCGCUUGUAUUAGCGUCCUGGCGGUAAAAGUAUAUUAUAUUACGUGUCCCGCUGUUACCGAAAACUUUGCACACUUCAACGAAACACCUACGGGAAGAGAAAUUACUAUAAUUGAGAAACAAAAUGGAACUUGUGUCGAAAACGCAGAACCGUAUGAGCCGCCAACCUACCUAUGCAAAGGUGAUGGAAAAUGGACAAUUCUUACAGGUGGUUGUCGUUGCAAGGCUGGCUAUGAGCCGAAUUACAUCAAUAAAACUUGUACAGAAUGUCCAUUUGGAACAUUUAAGUCUCCAGAGGUAACAAAAUGUACUCCUUGUCCUCCCAAUUCAAAUGCUUCAAAUACUGGUUCACCUUUCUGCAAGUGUGUGUCUGGAUACUAUAGACAUCCAAACGAUGGUCGACAUAUGCCAUGUUAUAGUCCACCAGCUGCGCCUACUAAUCUCACUUUGUUGUUCGUUGAUCAAACAAGUGCCAUAAUAUCUUGGAGCGCACCAGCCAGAAAUGAAUCACUUUUACUCGAAACUCAGCCUAAAAUGUACCACAGUGAUAUUGUGUACAAGAUCAAAUGUGUUAAUUGCAGCCCAAAUGUAGUGUACAAUCCCUCAACUGACACAUUUAACGAAACAAAAAUAACACUUACAAAUCUUGAACCGGUAACGACAUACACUUUGCAGAUACACGCAAUAAAUAGCGCGUCCCAUAUUACCGAUUCUAACAGGCACUCCAACGAGACUUCACUAGUGGCAGUAAAUGACAUAACAUUGCUAAAUACGUCGUUCUUAAAUAUACCGUUGGAUUUGAACGAAGUAAAGACCGGUCAUGCUGAAAUCGUUUUUACAACUGAGUCGGUUUUGCUCUCGACAGUUUUUAGCUUGCGUAUAUUGGCUAUAACUAGCACAGAUGCCGAUCUAGAAUGGGAUAAACCUGUUCAAAGUGAUUCUCCGCUUGAAUUUUAUGAAGUGCGUUGGUUUCCAAAGGUCGAAUUAGAUGCUAUAAAUAAAUCAGCUCUGAAUACAAAGGAAACGAAAGCACAUAUAGUAGGACUGUUAGAAAAUACGGAGUAUGGAUUUCAAGUUCGCUGUAAAACGAUUCAUGGGUUUGGUUCUUAUAGUAACAUGAUUUACGCCCAAACUCUUCAAUCCGUUGGGUCAGUAUACGACGAUUCUGUCCAAAUACGAUUUAUUGCUGGAGCCAUCGUGACGGCUGUACUAUUUUUAGUAAUUUUUAUAAUAGCUACAGUAUAUUUUAUGAGAUCCAAGCAUCAAGAUGAACUUGAUAAAAAAUCUACAAAUCAUUUGCCAUUACCACUUGAUUACGCCAGCAACGAAGUUAAUUCUAUGGAUACUACUCCAAUUGUUAAAACACUUCAUUUAAACGUGACGACUCCUUUAUUUGGAAAUAGUAGAAGCUACGUAGAUCCGCAUACAUAUGAAGAUCCUAAUCAAGCAAUAAGGGAAUUUGCUCGAGAAAUCGAUGCAAACUACAUUACAAUAGAAGCUAUUAUCGGUGGUGGAGAAUUUGGCGAUGUCUGCCGCGGUCGCUUAAAAAUACCCCCAAACUUUGUACAGGACAUUGAUGUUGCAAUAAAGACUUUGAAACCAGGAUCUUCGGAAAAAGCUCGCUGUGACUUUUUGACAGAGGCUUCUAUUAUGGGACAGUUUGAUCACCCAAAUGUUAUUUACCUACAGGGAGUAGUUACUCGGUCUAAUCCAGUUAUGAUUAUUACUGAGUACAUGGAAAAUGGCAGCUUAGACACAUUUCUUCGCGUGAAUGAUGGAAAGUUUCAAACAUUACAGCUUAUAGUUAUGCUUCGGGGUAUUGCCAGCGGGAUGUCAUAUUUAAGUGAAAUGAAUUAUGUACACAGAGACUUGGCGGCACGUAAUGUUCUUGUAAAUGCCCAAUUAAUAUGCAAAAUCGCGGACUUUGGAUUGUCGCGUGAAAUUGAAAAUGCAAGUGAUGCAUAUACAACUCGUGGCGGUAAAAUUCCUGUACGUUGGACUGCGCCUGAAGCUAUUGCUUUUAGAAAAUUUACUUCAGCGUCAGAUGUUUGGUCGUAUGGAGUAGUUCUAUGGGAGGUCAUGUCCUAUGGGGAACGCCCAUAUUGGAACUGGUCAAAUCAGGACGUCAUAAAAAGUAUUGAAAAGGGCUAUCGUUUACCAGCUCCAAUGGACUGUCCAGAAGCCCUUUAUCAGUUAAUGUUGGAUUGCUGGCAAAAGCAACGUACUCAUCGUCCCACAUUUGCUAGUAUAGUUUCAACUCUUGACAAUUUGGCAAGACAACCACAGUCAUUAUUGACAACCCGACACUCACCAGAAUCAGACGGUAAUCAUAUUUUGGAUGCACAGCGAGGUCAAAAUAUUUUUAUAAGUACCGAUCUUUGGUUAGAGCACAUUAAAAUGUCUAGAUACUGUCAACAUUUUAAAGAGGCUAAUUUAGUAAAUGCUCAACAGAUAUCAAGGCUAACAGCUCAACAACUGUCUGACAUGGGAAUUACUUUAGUAGGACAUCAAAAGAAGAUUUUACAUCAAGCCCGGCAACUGGACACUAUAAUAUAAACCAUUUAUUUUUACAAAGUAGUUUAAGAUGUACAUAUAAACAAUACAUAAUUUAUUAUAAUAAUAAUAUAAUAUAUGGUCGAACUUUCUUAUUUUGAAUCAACAUCUGCAAAAAAUAUACUUUCAUGUUGUACUAUUUUCACGUGCAGUUUUACCUUCUGUUGCCAAUUUAUGCGAAUUAUACAGACUUCCAGUUAGGAAAGUUCGAGUUAUAUAUAUAUAAAUAUAAAUUUAUAAAAAAUAUAUAUAAUUAACACGUGUGAGAUACAAAAACACAAGAACACAUUACAUUUAAUAAGGAUUUUAUAGGUUCUCUUAACUAGAACAUUAGAUUAUAUAAUAGAAAAAAUAUUGUUUUUACGUUGUUUAAAAAAUAUUACCUUAUAUACCAAUGUGUAUUAAUUAUUUACUAUACAAAACAUUUCAAGCUUAUUAUACGAGUAUAGAGGCGCUAUGAUUGCCUAGCUGUUUUAAAUUUUUUUUUUUGUGAUAAAAGUGGCAUUAACAAAAUUAUUCUUUUUUAUUAGAUUUUAAUUCAUGGCUUACUUUGCAUAAAAUAAUAAAAACUAACAAAAUUACAAUAAUGUGCGUUAUUCCGACCUAAAUAAUAAUGUGACUACCGUGGUAUCAUUUUUCAGAAUUAUUAAAUUAAUAGGACUUCCAAAAUAUUAUUGUAUGUUGUCUAGUAAGUAUUUCACUGGAAAACGAUCUAUUGAGAGCUAUAAAGUCUCCAUGUACUGAAACUGCGUGGCGUUCGAAUCGCUCUAUAUCUGAAUUCAGCAACAAAAGAUUCAUUAGUCUAUAUCAGGGUUUUCUACAGUACCAACUCUCUUGUGCUUUGUUUGGCAGAUUAAAAAGUAUUACUGGACCGCACAUAGAAAGCUGCGUUAAGAUUACUGGCUAAGAAAUGAAUUUUUCGUUACUACUUUUAAUGACUUAAUAAACAACUUAAAUAUUUUUAAUUUUCUUUUGUGCUUGAGUUUACAAAAAAACCUUAAAUAUAAUUAUUUUCUUUUAUAUUCUUAUAUUAUUGUAAAUUACAUCUAGCCCUACGUUACAUUUAAAUUUUUGUUAGUAUACUUUUAUAUUUGCAUUAAAUAAGCAUAUUUAUUUAUUCAUAUAAAGCACACUUACUGGUAUGAGCACUACAAUCAAUGGCCUGUAGCUUGAUUUUUUUAAUAAGCAUAAUUUAUUUAUUAUUAGUAUUAGUUUAUUAACGUUUAGGCGGAAGGAUAUUAAUGUUUCGGUUAACAAGUUCAAUUGGGAUUAAGUAGGGGUUGUGGUUAUAAGUGUCACAAAGGGAAAACAAUCUAUCAGAAAUUGCCUAAUGAUAAUUUCUGUGUUGCACAUAUUAAAUAUAUGCUUAUGUGUUAAGAUUGGAGUGCUUUAAUAACUCAACAAAUUUACAUAUUCUUGAUCAGUAUCAACAAUCGAGUCCAUAUAAUCAUAUUAGUCCUCUCUAUGCAAAUCAUUUGUCUCAGAUCUAUUGUAUAUAAAAAGUAAGUAAUCAAACGGGUAGAAAAAAUAUCAAUAAAUUUUUCAAAAGUAUUGGCGUGGACAAAUUCGGCAUAUAGUAAGAAAUAAUCGUUCAGUAAUGGAUAUAAAUAUUAGAAAAAAACAAGACAGAAUACUAAGUCGAGUUCCCCAACUAUCUGAUACCCGUUACUCAGCUAGUGGAAGUACAAACGAGAAAUUUCCACACUGACAGUUUUUGGUGGUUUGUGGGCAUAAGAGUGAGCGUGGCAAAAAAAUUUUUGGCAAAUCGGGAGCAAAUGGCCCAAAAUUAGCGUCACGAGGUUUAUGGACGGCCCCAUACUUUAAAUGCUCGGAAACGCUUCCUUCUGCCUGUUACAUACUUUUCAACGAGUCUAGUAUACACUUUUACUCUAUGAGUAACGGGUAUUGGUUCAAUGUUUCUGAUCAUAAAUGGCUCCUUUCUAAAAUUCAAAAGUUUCUUAGACUGUUGGAAGGUAUACAAGAUCGCGAACUGGAUCACUAGCCUGCCCGUCGUAUUAUAAAAGUUUGAUAGUUGAGUCUAAGUACAGAGAUUUUAGGACGUAGAAGCAGUGUCAGCUUGUUUGAGAAAAAGCUUUAAGAUAUAUAAGAAACAAGGUCAAACUUUAUACAUUAAUUUAUAUUUUAUUUUAUUUAACUAUAAUUAACUAAUCUAUUUAAUGUUGUAUAUAUUUUCAGACGGUUAGACAAGCAUCUACAAAAUAAGGAUAAAAUAUAAUUCCUUAGAAUUAGGAAAUUUAAAAUAAAAAAAUGGAAAUAUAUUUAUACAUAUGCACAUAUAUAUCUCCGAAAAUGUAAUUAAAAUGGUAAAGAUGGUUAAUUUAAUUCAUAUGAAGUAUUUUAUUUAUAACCGCAACGAAAUUUCUAGGAAACAAGCAAACACUGACCCGAUAAAACUUUAAAUAUUUAUUUUUGUUUUUGUCAAUUUAUUUUCAUGAGUGCUGUUUUUUUAUUUUUGCAUUUACUUAGCUUUAAAUAUAUGCGUCUAAAUAUA